ACCGGGAGCGUGGCUGUGGGUGAUGGGUGGGUCGGGGACCCGGGCAGGAUGUGCGGUGUCCGGAGGCAUCCGGGCUCAGCAUUGUUUUCUCCCACCUCCUUCAACGCCAAACCUUCCUUCCUUAUCCGGAGGUUCCCAGACUCAGCUGUCAGCCACGAGACGCACAAGUGACUUUUUCUCCCCACUGACGGCAGAGGAAAAGUUCCGCUCUACGUCUUUGCGUUCUGAUGGAUGCUUUCCCUCAUUUUCUCUGCAAGCUUCACUAAACCGUUGAUGGAGGGAGGAAGGGAGAACUCAGGAUAAAUGCAGACCCACCGGAUGGUUGUGCAUUGCUUUCCAAUGAAGGGUUAGCUUUUCCCGUACAAUGAAGAAAAUGCACAGCUUACUCUCAAGUGAAAAAAAAAAAUCCCUCUAGACUUAAAUGAUCCCGAAAUCCCAAGAUGUGUGAACUUUCCCGGUAGGGAGGCAGAGUUUUAAGUGGACCCUGCACCACAGUAAAGAGCAAUGCAAGAGCCCAGAGUUUUUGCGCUGCAGAAAGCACAACCGGAAAGCAAUCAAUCCCCCAAGCAUUAUCACUGGUCCUUGUGGUUACCACCACAUCCAGGGAAAACGCUUCCUGACCCGCUAAUCACCUCACAGAAUUUCUCUCCAUCCAUUUGGCAAGGAAUUUGUAAACCUCUUUCCUCCCCUUUCUCUUUCCAUCUUCCUUCCACUUGGGGCUUGUUUCUUCUGUUUGAGAUUUCCUCUUUUGGGAGCAUGACUUUGGGGUAAGGUUAUUUAGGUAAGAACCCUCGCACAGGCUCUGGAAAAGGGCCUCAGUGUAAAUGCAUGUGAGUAAUCAAUCAAAUGCAUGGCAGAUUAAAAUUGAUUUUGGUGGAGCAGUCAGUAUAAAACGAUAUGUAUGUAUGUAUAUAUAUAAGUAUAUAUGUGUGUGUGUACAUACACACACACACAUCCCUCAAUGACAAUGAAAGAUGGACUUUUACUUACUAUUGAAUUUAUUGGGUUCACUAAUAUAUUCAAAAGCUCUGUUCAGGGUUAAGCUGCGUAACCAGUGCAUCAUGCAUGUUGCAAGCUCCUAGCACCAGCUGAGGUAGACUAACCACAGAAUGUGGCUCCAGUAAAGUCUUUUUCCCAACACUGACACAUGGAAGUUUAAAAUCAGUGGAGAGGUUUCUAUAAUAUAUAAAGAAGAGUGGGUGGUAAUUACAAAUGACUUGUAGUAGUUUCUGUUAUUUUGUGGCUUUUUGAUUAUGUAACAGGAGUGUUCUAUUCUGGGUGUGAAUUUGGACAAAGGGAAAUUACUAUUUUGUUUUUAACCCACAGGUCAGAAAGCACACUGUUUUGAAACUUAAAAAACAUCACAAUUAGGAAACACAUACAUUUUGGAUUCUACUGUAUUGAUACUACAUGGUGUCCUGUGUGUGUAAAACAGGCACUGCAAGAGACUUUAAAAUAUAUGACAAUAAAGAGCAAAGGGCUCUAUAAUGUUGUAAAAAACAAAAGUAAUGGAGUAUAAGGAAUAUGCAAAUUCUUGCAACUGAGUUUGCCACUUUUGAAUUGUACUAUGCUGGUUUAUAUUCUCAGAAGGGUCAUUGCUGAGUAAUGGUGCCUCUUUUGUUUUGAAGUUUCUUUUUGUGACAAAAAAGGAGGGAGACAACAGAAUAUUAACUUGAUUUUCCCCCUAUUUAAUAGUAAAUGCAAUUAACAUUUGGUAAAUGGCCUUUAAAAUUAAAGAUAUUAGAAAAUAAAGUGAAUUAUUAUGUUAGGUUUUUAUUGAAAAAGUAGCUCAUACAUAUAAUUUAAAAAAUCAAAUGUUGCAAAGGAGUGUGAAGGAAAGACCCUCAGACAUUCCACAUUCCCACUUAUGUAGUCCACCCUCAUAGAUGUUAACACUUUCUUAUGUAUGCUUCCAAAAUAUUCCAUGCAUGUGUAAGCAGAUAUAUCUAUAUGUGUCUAUGAUGAACUAUAGCAGCUCCUGAUUUCUACAAAAAAAUCUGGCUAGAGUUUUACAAGUCUCAUAGUUUUAAGCAUUUUUGAAGCCUAGAGGGUAGUCUAAGGUCAUUGUGAUGAAUAAACUAAUCUUCAAGGGUAAUCUGGUAGGUCUUUGGUGGGCAGCAGUCAUUGGGGUCUGUUCCCAGAGGCCUUAACGCCCUUCUAAGGAGAAAAAAAGGCAGGUGGUAAGCUCUGUUCCACUCCUUCUCUGAGAUCAAGAACCUUUCUGGUGACAUUCUUGAAUCUGCUGCCCUGUGGUUUGUUCCCUUUAGCAUAGUAAAAAUGAGUUUCCAAAAAAAGUUUAGAUCAUGUAAGAAAUACAUAGCACAUGUUCUAUAUUGAGAGAAAAUGCAUUUUUCACAGUUUUGCCAAGAGAUUUUUUUUUAAAUUUGGCAUUGAAAUGUACACAAAGAAGAAAAGCUUUAGUACAUUUUAUAUUAAUCAAAAUAUUAAAUGCUGUUCCAAAUAGCUGUAGUGCAGUAAUAAUUGAUAUUCAUAAUGCUGAGCCACUGAAAGGUUGUGAAUCAUCAAAUAUUAAAUUCUUGUCAGCUCAAUUUAAGGUAUUGUUUCAGAAUAGUGCUAUCCUGACAGAAAACAGACUGUCUUGUAUAUUAAUAAAAAGAAUGUUUUUAGUAAAUUUGCCCUCCAUAAUUUGUGAAAACAUGUGUUUAGUUGAAAAAACAAUUUUCUUCUGAGCUGAGGAAAACAAUGACAGCAUUUAUCUGUAUGCAUCUUCAGAAAUUCUUUCUACUGCCAUUGUGUUUCUUCCCCACAUAUAACCAAUCCUAAGUUUAAAAACGUUCAAUGUGAGAAUUAAACUAAGUUUUUAAAAAAUCUGUCUACUUUUUCCUAUGUUUUUCUGUGUGAUUGUUUCAACAGCAUUGACAUUGAUAAAUGCUGCAUGUUUUUUGGUAAGCGCAUUGUUAUAUACCACAAUAAUGCAAUAGAAUCCAUUUUAAUUUCUUCUUGUGGUUUGAAAUGACAAGUUGGAUACCUGCAGUAUUGAUAAUCUCUAAAAGUUGUUUACUAUUCUGCAUUUGAAUAUAUUUCUAAUUAAGAAAUAAGACCAUUUAUUUAUCUGGUAUUUGAUAUCAAACUUAUAGCAUUUAAAAUAUUUAACAUUUUAGAUUAUUGCUUAUAGCCCUAUAAUCUGCUGCCCUGUGGUUUGUUCCCUUUAGCAUAGUAAAAAUGAGUUUCCAAAAAAAGUCUAGAUCAUAUAAGAAAUACAUAGCAAAUGUUCUAUAUUGAGAGAAAAUGCAUUUUUCACAGUUUUGCCAAGAGUUUUUUUUUAAUUUGGCAUUGAAAUGUACACAAAGAAGAAAAGCUUUAGUACAUUUUAUAUUAAUCAAAAUAUUAAAUGCUGUUCCAAAUAGCUGUAGUGCAGUAAUAAUUGUAAUGUUUUGGAAAUAGGAAGCAGCAUAGCUUAUUUACUAUAUUAGUUGGUGGAAACUGAGCUACAUAUGUAUUUUAAAAAUAGCAGUUGAUUUUUCUUCCAUUGUAUGUAACACAUUGACGGGUUCUACUUUUUUUCAACUUCCUUUUGUUCUACUUAAGAACAAAUUCUCUAGGCAAGGAAGAAUAGAAAUUGUCACUUGGAUCUCAUGGACAUGGGUGUGGGGGAUGAAGAUGGGAGUUGGGAAUGAGGUGUUGAGACCAGCACUGGAGCAGCUACUUGGGUGUUGUUCAUGUCUCAUUAUUUUAUAUCAUGGCGAGUCUCACUCUCUCAUGUCAUCUUGGGCUGGUAUGGUGGAUUUUUGAACUGAAGCCUUAAAGGUGCCCCUUGGGUACCAGUAGACCCCUAUCAAGAUUAUGGCUUUCCUCAGAGAGGCAAGAGGAAUGCAGUUCACAUUAAGUGCCUACUACUGUGAGUCAUAUACUAAACUAGGAGCUUUCGUACGUUUGUAUCACUUAAACCUCACAGGAAACUCUCUAAAGUAUGGAAGGAAGGCACAGAGAGCUACUGUUAAAAUGUGGAGUGAUGACUGAAAGUCAUGUCUGCUUAAUUUCAGAGUUUGUGCUCUUGGGCUGGUUCUCAGAUGCAAGAAGUCCCACAAUCCAUCAACACUUCUAGGUUUGAAACAGCCCGAACACGUGAGAUAGUGACAGAAGAGUAUGCAUCUUAGGUCCUAUGGUUUGUGGGGUAAAUUAUCUUUUCUCAGCCUUCUUUCCUUCAGUUCAGAACAUUUGGAGGUUGAUUAUUCUAGAAAGGGAUUGCAACCUCUUCUGUCUUUGGCUAUUUUGUUAGGCCUGUGCUGUACUUGAAAAGACAGAGCAAUCUGGCAGGUGUUCUGCUUGGCAUCAAUAUAUGGAGCUUACAUCCUAUUGUUUUACCCCAGGCCCACUUUCCCCAUACCCCUGCAGACAGUGGAGUUUGUGAAGCAUUGUAUUCUCUUUUAGGCUGAUACGCAGGCAGAAAAAAUACCUGGGUCAUAGGAAUAUAUAUAAAUCUAGGGGAGUAAGGAAAUGGGGGAAUCUUCUUUUGGAGCUCUGAAAGUGUGUGUGUGUGUGUGUGUGUGUGUGUGUGUGUUUAAAUAGGGACGGUUAUGAAGGGAAAUUAAAUGUGAUUAAAAAUCAGUUAAAAAUUUUAGGCACCCUAUGGAUUAUAUAGGCGUUUGUAGAUUGACCCAGGAAUUAAUCAGCAUUUAUAGAUUUUAUUCUCUACAAAUAUGUGUUAAAAGUUCUGAAUAACCAACUUAUGGAUGGAUUUUGGAGAAAUAACCAGAGAUGCUGGCCAGCCUUCACUUUACCGUAAGGGUUGCUGAGAGUGUGCCCUGGGGGCUUCAGCUGCGGCUCUCCUCCCGAGAUGUGAUUUGGCUGCAUGAAUGGCAUGAACCUCUUAGGUAGAUUUGGUUUAUGAUUCCCACAACUUCAGUUAGAAUGUUACUUUCUCUCAAAUUGCCAUAGUAACAUGGUCACAUUUCACCUUAGAAGUGGUUGCUUCUAAUUGCAGGGUCUUUCUGAUGUGAUUUCUUAUAGCACCUCUCAAGAAAAUGAAGAAUAAACUUCAGGCACGUAGAUUCUCUCUUUGAACAAUGCAGCUGCUGCAGGGGAUGGGGAAGGGAUGGCACUGGCAAUUCAAGACUGCCUUUCCUACUUCUUCAGUGCCUCUUUCACCAAUAUGAAGUUAAAACCAGGAUCCUUCAAACCAAAAAUGUGGUGGAAGAAAGAAAACCGUGUCUUUCAGCAGCAUGCCAUCGGAAAAGAAAAUUAGCAGUGCAAAUGACUGCAUCAGCUUCAUGCAAGCUGGCUGUGAGUUGAAGAAAGUCCGGCCAAAUUCUCGCAUUUACAACCGUUUUUUCACUCUGGACACAGACCUUCAAGCUCUUCGCUGGGAACCUUCAAAGAAAGACCUCGAGAAAGCCAAGCUUGAUAUUUCUGCCAUAAAAGAGAUCAGACUGGGGAAAAACACGGAAACAUUUAGAAACAAUGGCCUUGCUGACCAGAUCUGUGAGGACUGUGCCUUUUCCAUACUCCACGGGGAAAACUAUGAGUCUCUGGACCUAGUUGCCAAUUCAGCAGAUGUGGCAAACAUCUGGGUGUCUGGGUUACGGUACCUGGUUUCUCGAAGUAAGCAGCCUCUUGAUUUUAUGGAGGGCAACCAGAACACACCACGGUUCAUGUGGUUGAAAACAGUGUUUGAAGCAGCAGAUGUUGAUGGGAAUGGGAUUAUGUUGGAAGACACCUCUGUAGAGUUAAUAAAACAACUCAACCCUACUCUGAAGGAAGCCAAGAUCAGGUUAAAGUUUAAAGAAAUCCAGAAGAGCAAGGAAAAACUAACCACCCGCGUGACCGAAGAGGAAUUUUGUGAAGCUUUUUGUGAACUUUGCACCAGGCCAGAAGUGUAUUUCUUACUUGUACAGAUAUCUAAAAACAAAGAAUAUUUGGAUGCCAAUGAUCUCAUGCUCUUUUUAGAAGCUGAGCAAGGAGUCACCCAUAUCACCGAGGAUAUGUGCUUAGACAUCAUAAGGAGAUACGAACUUUCUGAAGAGGGACGUCAAAAAGGGUUUCUUGCAAUUGAUGGCUUUACCCAGUAUUUAUUGUCAUCAGAAUGUGACAUUUUUGAUCCUGAGCAAAAGAAGGUUGCCCAAGAUAUGACCCAGCCAUUAUCUCACUACUAUAUCAAUGCCUCUCAUAACACCUAUCUAAUAGAAGACCAGUUCAGGGGGCCAGCUGACAUCAAUGGGUACAUUAGAGCUUUGAAAAUGGGCUGUCGAAGCGUUGAACUCGAUGUAAGUGAUGGUUCAGAUAAUGAACCAAUCCUUUGUAAUCGAAAUAACAUGACAACCCAUGUUUCCUUUCGAAGUGUCAUAGAGGUAAUAAAUAAAUUUGCCUUUGUUGCUUCUGAAUACCCACUCAUUCUUUGCUUGGGAAAUCACUGCUCCUUGCCGCAGCAGAAGGUAAUGGCUCAACAGAUGAAAAAGGUCUUUGGCAAUAAACUCUAUACUGAAGCACCUUUGCCCUCAGAAUCCUACCUCCCAUCACCAGAAAAAUUAAAAAGAAUGAUCAUUGUGAAAGGAAAGAAGUUGCCUUCUGAUCCAGAUGUGUUAGAAGGAGAAGUAACAGAUGAAGAUGAAGAAGCUGAAAUGUCUCGAAGGAUGUCGGUAGAUUACAAUGGUGAGCAGAAGCAAAUCCGACUCUGUAGGGAGCUCUCUGAUUUGGUGUCUAUUUGUAAAUCUGUUCAGUACAGGGAUUUUGAACUAUCUAUGAAAAGCCAAAACUAUUGGGAAAUGUGUUCAUUUAGUGAAACAGAGGCCAGCCGCAUUGCAAAUGAGUACCCAGAGGAUUUUGUUAAUUAUAAUAAGAAGUUCUUAUCAAGAAUCUAUCCAAGUGCCAUGAGGAUCGAUUCCAGUAACUUGAAUCCACAGGACUUUUGGAAUUGUGGCUGUCAGAUUGUAGCAAUGAAUUUUCAGACUCCGGGUCCAAUGAUGGACCUUCACACGGGCUGGUUUCUUCAAAACGGGGGAUGUGGUUAUGUUCUAAGGCCGUCUAUAAUGCGAGAUGAAGUUUCUUACUUCAGCGCAAAUACAAAGGGCAUUCUACCUGGGGUGUCUCCUCUAGCUCUUCAUAUCAAGAUCAUCAGUGGUCAGAAUUUCCCAAAGCCCAAGGGAGCUUGUGCCAAAGGGGAUGUCAUAGAUCCCUAUGUUUGUAUAGAGAUACACGGAAUUCCAGCGGAUUGUUCGGAACAAAGAACUAAAACUGUACAGCAAAACAGUGAUAAUCCUAUUUUUGAUGAAACUUUUGAGUUCCAAGUAAACCUACCUGAGCUGGCCAUGAUCCGUUUUGUUGUUCUGGAUGAUGACUACAUUGGGGAUGAGUUUAUAGGGCAAUAUACGAUACCAUUUGAAUGUUUGCAGCCUGGAUAUCGGCAUGUUCCCCUGCGUUCUUUUGUGGGUGACAUCAUGGAGCACGUAACCCUUUUUGUCCACAUAGCAAUAACUAAUCGAAGUGGAGGAGGAAAGGCACAGAAGCGCAGUCUUUCAGUGAGAAUGGGGAAGAAAGUUCGGGAAUAUACCAUGCUCAGGAAUAUCGGUCUUAAAACCAUUGAUGACAUCUUUAAAAUAGCGGUUCAUCCAUUACGAGAAGCCAUAGAUAUGAGAGAAAAUAUGCAGAACGCAAUCGUGUCUAUUAAGGAACUAUGUGGACUCCCUCCAAUUGCCAGUCUGAAGCAGUGCCUGUUAACUCUGUCAUCUCGGCUCAUCACCAGUGACAAUACUCCUUCAGUCUCACUUGUGAUGAAAGACAGCUUUCCUUACCUGGAGCCUCUGGGUGCAAUUCCAGAUGUGCAGAAAAAGAUGCUGACUGCUUAUGAUCUGAUGAUUCAAGAGAGCCGGUUUCUCAUAGAAAUGGCGGACACAGUCCAGGAAAAGAUUGUACAGUGUCAGAAAGCAGGGAUGGAGUUCCAUGAAGAACUUCAUAAUUUGGGGGCAAAAGAAGGCUUGAAGGGAAGAAAACUCAACAAAGCAACUGAGAGCUUUGCUUGGAACAUUACAGUAUUGAAGGGCCAAGGAGAUCUGUUGAAGAAUGCCAAGAAUGAAGCUAUAGAAAACAUGAAGCAGAUCCAGCUGGCAUGCCUGUCCUGUGGACUGAGUAAAGCCCCCAGCAGCAGUGCUGAGGCCAAGAGCAAGCGCAGCCUGGAAGCCAUAGAAGAGAAGGAAAGUAGUGAGGAGAAUGGGAAGCUGUGACUCUGGGCAUUAUUGACACGUUCACCCAUCUUAUCAAGGACUCUGGUUUCUCAUUCUUGUUUUCUUUCUUUAAAUGUUUUAUAAGUUCACAAAAUGGUGUCCUAUAUGGGGUAUUGGACAUAGAUAUUUUCACAAUGUCAGUAUUUCAGUGUAGUUAAUUUAUCUAAAUUAAAGCCUUUAGUAUCAGUGUUUUAAAUUCUGAGACAUGUGUCAACACCCCUGUGUGGAUGCCUGUGGAAGAGUGUGUGUGUGUGUGCGUGUGUGUGUGUGUGUGGCAGAGAGAGAGAAAGAGAGAGAGAGAGAGAAAUUCUGUUAAAAUCUAUUCUGUGUUGCAUUAUUCAUUUAGUGAGUUAUUCCUUGAUCAUUUUGGGACAAUUGUUUUAAUCUGAAAUUCUAAAGAGCACUUACUGUAACCUGUCACUGUGUUUAAUUUGACUUCUCUGCCUUUGACAUUUAAUUUAGUGAUCUUAGCAUAGCUUAUUAUUGAAGGAAGCCAAAUUUAUCAAAGCAUAGAUGUUUUGGUAGAUUAAAUAUAGAUUAGAAAAAUUCCUAAGAAUCAGAGUAGAAAUAAAAGUGAAUGAAAGAUUAAACAGAUGAUGAGAAUUUCUAAAAAGAUUAGCAAGGUCAUUUCUUCAGUCAGAAAACUUUAAAAAAUAUUUAUUAAAUAAAAUCAGUUUUUAGGAAGUUUUCUGUAGUCAUUUACUAAACAUAUGAUUUCACUAGAAAAGCUGAUCAUAAGUGAAUUUAUACCUACCUGUGUGGUACUCUGAAACACACUGAAAGCUCUGUUGCAAUUAGGAUUUUGAUGUGACAAUAAUAUUGUUGUAUAAUUUCGAGAUUUGUAGGAAGGUCUCAUUCUUCCAAGCUGAGAGUCUAGCACUCAUUUUCUAUAACAGACAUGGCAGCUUAGAGGUGUUGGCUUUGUUUGGAUGUAAUUUAGGGUACUAAAUUUAAAUUUAAAGAUAUUGUUCAAACAAUAUCAUAUCAUCACAUUGAGCUGAUAUAAAUUCUGUGGGUCUGAUAAUAUCUUUGUGAUAAUUUAAGAGCUAACCAGUUACCACACAUCUAUGAUAUAACCCUAACACACACAGAAAAGCAUACAUGCAAAAAGAAAUGACUAAUUAGGGUACAUUUAUAAUUGCAUCUAGGUAAUUUUUACCCUAAUGUCUUCAUAAAGUACUUGAGUAUAAUGUUUGUUACCUCCAACAGAACUAAAUGUUCUAUGGUUAUGAAAGAAUAUAUUUAUUUAAAACAUUGCUUUUAUUUUGAAAAGCUUCUUAAUUAAUUUGAUUAACAAAUAUGCUAAUUUGGGGAAACCUAGAGAAGAUAAUUGUUGAAAUUUUGCAAAUAUAAACAUCUCCUAUAGCUUCUGUGUUAUUUCUGACUUCUUAACACUAUUAUGUUUAUGUUGCACAUUACUGAAAGAGUAAAGAUAUGAAAAAAACACUUAUUGUUUUCUUUUAUUGUGAAUUGAAAAAGCAAAGCUAAUGAAAAUGGGUUACUACAUCAAAAAUAUCUUAAAGAGUUUGCUAUUUCCAUGGACCAGAUAUGAUGAAAUUAUUCCCUGGGUUUAAAACUGGGCACUCGAGGAGGAGGUACCUGAAGUCAUUUGAAGGCAAGUUUCCAAUGAUACUACAAUGGCCUGAAAAAAUUUCUUUACCCUCUGUUAUAUUUAACUUGCUGGUAGGAGGAAUAGUGGAAUGCAGGUGUUAAGCCCUUUGUGGUGAAAAAGAGGUUCUAUAGACAGAAACAAAACCCACCUUACAUCAGCUGAUUGGUUGAUUUUACUAGUGUACCUCUUCAUCUACUUGAAUUCUAUUUGGUAAAUCCAUGUCUUUACUGGAUAUACAGUUAGGUGGGAAGAGGAGAUAAAGGAUGACAAACUCUCAAACAAUAUUUAUACAUUUAUUUACUCCAGGGUCAAAUCCAAUCCUUGGAAGUAGCUUCUCUAGUUUAUUUUAUUUGUCCCAGAGCUCUACUCACACUUAGGACCCACCCAAAAAUUCUCAAAAACAUAAUAUGGAUUCUGCCUCAUCUGAUGCUAUUUCUGGCAGUGGGUUGUCAGCCAUACUCUGCUUCAUUCCACUGGGUGUCCUUGCUAGAUGGGGAGUGAGAUGUGGAGCAGGGAGGAGCUUUGGAUUCUGGGAGUGCAGGUGGCAAGGGAAAAGUCUCCUAGUCUCCUGUGAUGUUCCUGCCUCCAGAUAGAAUAGCAAAAACAAACAAUUUUUUUUGUGUAUUAUGCCUCCAUGACAUUGUUACAUUCUAUGAGGAGCAUCUGUCUCCUUUCUAGACUUGAACUGUGGUAGAAAAAGCCCCCUUCUCUCUUCUAUCUACUUAGAUUUGGUGAUGCUAGGAACGUAGUAUUUUAGAUAUUAAUUCUAUUUUUAUUUAUUCAUUUUUACAUCACCAAUAGGAUCUGAGGUGGAGAUGGCGGGUAUUAUCACUGGCAUUUUACAGGUGAGAAAGCCCAAAGCCACUGAGGUAAUAAAUGGAAUAAUUGAUUUUGAACUUGGGUCUGUCUGAUUUCAUGUGCAAGAUUAUAUACUUAGUGAUUUUGAUUUUAAGUUUAUUCUUAACAUUUUAAACCAGACUAUUAACUCUUACCUUUAUAACCACAGAUACAAAGAACUGUAUCAUUUAUUUUCUGAAUAUAAAAUAUUAAUGGUCAAUAUAAAAAAUACAAAAAUAGAGAACUAUAUACAACAGAAAAGCAAAAUUACCCACUAAUAACAUUUUGAUUUAUAUCCCUUUAGACACUGUUUAGAGUUUAUACAUAUAUGUAAAUAUGCUUGUAUUUUAACAAAAUUGAGAUAUUAUAUAAACUGUUUGUAGCAGGGUGUUUAAAAUUUUAACAAUAUGUUAUGGAUAUCUUUCUGUGUCAAUAAAUGUGUAUUUACAUUAGAGUUCCAAGCCUUUGAACUGAAUCUAGUCCAAAAAUGAUGUGUUUUAUUUGGCCAUUGAACAUUUUUUAAAAAAAUCUUUAAGCAAUAGACAGCUUUCGAAAUUCAGAAAAUGUUACGUACAAUUCAAUGUCCUGCAUGUUUUAAAAUACUGGAUAAUCUAACAACAUAGGACACCUCCCACUCCCCACCUCACAACCACCACACAUAUACUUUCUUGCUUGGCAUCAAUUAAUUGAAACUGCCCUCUCCAAAAGGGGCAUAUGCUGUCCAAUUUUCUAGAGAGCCUUUUCAUUCAUUUAUGUUACAUCUGGACCUUGAGGACAUGAUAGGUGGUGAAACUUGAUGAAAAUUAUCAUUUAUUGAGAGGCCAAAAUGAGAGAAUUGCUUGAGGCCGGGAAUUGAGACUAGCCUGGGAAACAUAGUAAGACCUUGUCUUUAAAAAAUAAAAAAAAAGUUAAUGGUCAUUUAUAAUAAUUACACAGUAUCUUAUUAUAUGGCUUACCAGAAUAUAUUUAACCAAUCUCCUAUUGCUAGAUUUUACUCACCUAAUUUCUUGUUAUAUAAACAUUCCAAUAAUAAAAUCCAUUUUUGCAAAGUUGUUCAACUUUUUCUUUGGGAUACAUUUCUAGAAGUGGAAUUGUUGGGUCAAAGGAUACAGAGAUUUUUUGUUUUGUUUCAUUUUUGUUUUUUAGGGAUUUUGAGAUACAUUGCCAAAUAGUCUCAGGAAAACUUGUUCAAUUUAAAACCCCACCAGGAGUUUAUGAGAGUGCUCAAAUCUUUGCUAAUGAUAAAUUUAAUUUUUCUUAUUUUCAUCUUUGCCAAUCUUCUAAGUUACAAAAAUCUUAUUUCUCUUUAUCUUUAAUCUCUAAUGAGAUUGGAUGCAUAUUAAUAUGUUCAUUGACUCUAAAUAAUCUAAUUAAAAGUAAAAACUUUUGUACUCCAAAGGAUACUACCAAGAAAGUGAAAAUAGAACCCACAGAACAGGUUUGCAGGUCAUAUAUCUGAUAGAGACUGGCAUCCAAAAUUUAUAAAGAACGAUUACAACUUAAUAAAAAGAAAACCGAAUUUUUAAAAACUGGUCAAAGGAUUGGAAUAGACUUUUCUUCCAAGAAAAUAUGCAAACAGGAAAUAAGCACAUAGAAACGUGCUGAAGAUCGUUAACCACUAAGAUCACAUAAAUCAUAGCCACAAUUAGAUAUGACUUCACACCAAAUAGGUUGGCUAUAAUAAAAAAGACAGAUAAUAACAAGUGUUAGUGAGGAUAUGGAGAAAUUGGAACCAUCCUACCCUGCUGGUGGAAAUGUAAAAUAUUUCAGCUGCUUUGGAAAACAGCUUGGCACUUCCUCAAAAGGUUAAAAAAACAUGGAGUUACCAUAUGACCCAGCAAUUCUACUCUUAGAUUUCUACCCAAGAGAAAUGAAAAUAUAUGUCCACACAAAAGCUUGUACACAAAUGUUUGUGGCAGCAUUUUUUAUAAUAGUCAAAAGUAGAAACAAUCCAAAUGUCUAUCAACUCAUGAAAGGAUAAAUCAAAAUUACAUAUUCAUACAUUGGAUUGUUCAACAAUAAAAGAAAUGAAGUACUGAUACAUGCUACAAGAGUAUACCUUGAAAGCAUUAUGCUAAGUGAAGGAAAUCAGGCACAAAGGCCACAUGUUGUACCGUUCCAUUUUUAUAAAAUAUCCAGAAUAGGCAAAUCAGUAGAGAUAGAAAGUAGACUAAUGGUUGCCAGUGGCUGUGGGGGUCUGGGAGUGACUGCUAAUGGGUAUGAGUUUUCUUAUUGGUGUGAUGAAAAUAUUCUGGAAUUAGAAAUAAUGAUGAUGUUUGUUUACAUAAUUUGUGAAUGUACUAAAAGCUAUUUAAUUGUAUAUUUUAAAGAGUGAAUUUUAUGGUAUGUAAAUUAUCUCAGUAAAAGGGUUAUAAAAGGAGAAAUAAAAAGAAUUUAAACAAUGAACAGGGUAUUAGAGAAUAGUGAAAUAGCUUCAAGAAUCUAAUAUGUAUGAAACUGGAGAGAAGAGCAGGAAAGAAAAAUAAUUUUAAGAAAUAAUGGCUAAAAAUUUCUCAUUUGUAAUGAAAACUAUAACCUCCAGAUCCAAGUGUCUCAAAAAUUCCAAGGACAAGAAACAUGAGAAAAACAAGUUAGUCUGUUUUCUGCUGCUGUAAUAGAAUGCCACAGAUUGUGUAAUUUACAAAGAAAAGAAGUUUAUUUGGUUUACAGUUCUGGAGGCUGAGAAGUCCAAGAGCAUGGCUUUGGCAUCUGGUGAGUGUAAUUCCAUGCCAGAAGGGCAAAAGGUGGAAGGUCAAGAGAGCCCAUAUGAAGGAGGUUUUGCUAUUAUAACAAAGCCACCUCCUCUACAACUAUCCCACUCCGAUGACAACACCUUUCAUGAGGGUGGAGCCCUCAUGACCCAAUUACCUCUUACUUGGCCCCACUUCCCAACACUCUGGCAUUGGGAGUCCAAUUAAGUUUCCAACACAUGAGUUUUGGUGACACCUUCAAACCAUUGCAACAACCAAGGCAUAUUGUAGCCAAAUAGUUCAAAAGUAGUGAUAAUGAGAUAAUCUUAAAAGCAGCCAGUAAAAAAAGACAUGUACAGAGAAAAUAAGAAAGACAGCGUAUGUCUUAUUGUAAACUGUGCAGAUGAGAUGCUGGUGGAGCAACUUCUUUAAAGUAUUGAAAACAAAGCAAAAACUGUAAUCCUAGAAUUCUAUACCCAGUAAAAAUGAAUUCUAGAAUUCUAUACCUAUUCAAAAAUGAAAGUUAUACAAAAAAAUUUUCAAAAGCUCAUCACCAGUAGACUUACAUUAUAAGAAAUGUUAAAGGAAAUCCUUCAGGCUGAAGGAAAAUGAUGCCAGGUCAAAAUAUGGAUGUACAAAAACAGAUGAAGAGAGAGAGCUAGAAAUAGUAACUGCAGGGAUAAGUAUAGCUGGCCCUUUGUAUCUAGGGGUUCUGCAUUUGUGGAUUCAACCAAAAAUGGAUUAAAAAUACUUAAAAACUGAUAAAAAUAACAAUACAAAAUUAAAUACAAAUAAAAAUACAGUACAAUUAUUUAUAUAGCAUUUACAUUUAAUUGGGUAUUAUGAGUAAUCUAGGGAUAAUUUAAGGUGUACAGGAAGAUGCAUAAAGAUUAUAUGCAAACACUAUGUUAUUUUAUGAAAAAGACUUGAACAUCUAUGGAUUUUGGUAUUUGCAAGGGGUGAAUGGGGUAUUUGCAAGCAGUGAAUGAGGAGGCCUGGAACCAAUCUUCUGCUGAUAUUGAGGCACAACUGAAAAAGGUAUAUUACUUAAAUCUCUUAUUGUAUUGUAAAUUGUAUAAGUAAUGAAAUUAAAAGGCAGAAAUUGUCAGACUGAAUAAAAUGAAAAGACCAAACAAUAUGCUGCUUACAAGAAACACAAUUCAAAUAUAAGGACACAAUUAGUUUAAAGGAAAAGAACUGGAAAAGAUAUACCAUGAUAACACAAGUCAGAAGAAAGCUGCUGUGGAUAUAUUAAUAUCAGAUGUAGAUUUCAGAGCAGUGAAUAUUGCCAGGCAUAAAGAAAGUUAUUACAUAAUAAUUAAGGUAUCAGUUCAUCAAGAAGAUGUAAUAACCCUAAGUAUUUAUACAACUAAUAUCAGAGCUUCAAAAUACAUGAAGCAAAAACCAGUGGAAUUGAUAGGAGAAACACACAAUUACACAAUUAUAGUCAGAAUUUUCAACAUAUCUUUCUCAAUGGAGAAAACAACUAGACAGGAAAUCAUUAAGGAUAUAGAUGAUUUAAAUUAUAUGAUCAACUACCUGGACAUAAUUGGCAUUUAUGGAACACUGCACCACCAACAGCAGAGUACAUAUUAUUUUCAAGUACACAGAAAACAGUUACCAAUAUAGACCAUUUUCUGGGUCAUAAAACACAUCUCAAUAAAUGUAAAACAAUUAAUGUUAUAUAAAGUAUGUGCUCUGACCACAAAGGAAUUAGAGAUCAAUAAAAGAAACAUCUUUGAAAAAUCUCAACAUAUUUGAAAACUAAAUAACUCACUUCUAAAUAACUCCUGUAUCAAAGAAGAAAUUAAAAAGGAAAUUAGAAAGUACUUUGAAUUUAAGUGUCAAAACAUCCAAAUUCAUGGGAUAACACUAACACUAAGCAAAUUUAUAGCAGUUAACACAUGUAUUAGAAAAAAAGAAAUUUCUCAAAGACUUCCAUUUUCAUCUUAAGAAACUAGAAAAAAAAGAGAAAAUUAAGUUCAAAGUAGAAAAAAGAGAAUAAAGAUUACAGUAGAAAUCAAUAAGAUAGAAAACAAUAGAGAAAAUCAAUAAAACAAAAAGGUUGACUUUUUGGGAAGAUCAAUAAAAUUAAUAAACCUCUAGUAAAACAAGGAAAAAAGGAACACUCAAAUUGCCAAUAUCAAGGUAAGAUCAGACAUCAUUUCAAUAUUGAAUCAAAAAAACGAGUGAGAAUACAUCACUCCAAAUUUUAAGGAUAUUAAAGGAUAGUAGGCAAACAUUAUGAAGACUUUCUGCCGAUAAAUUCUACAACUUCAGUGAAAUGGGCAAAUUCCUUAAAAGACACAAAUUGCCAAAUCUCAAAAUGAUGAGUUAAAUAACUUAGACGAAAAGUACAUGCUGUAUGUCCAGUAACAUACAUUUCUGGAAGCACAAACUAAUGAAUAGUAACAAAAAGUAGAUAAGUGGUUACCUGGGGUCAGUGUGGAAUGGGGAGUGUGAGAUUACAAAGUGGAUAAGGACAUAUUUGGGAAUAAUAUAUGUGCUCAUUAUCCUGAUUGUGGUGGUGUUUUCACAUGUUAGACAUAUGUCAAAAUUUAAAUUGUAUACUUUGAAUAUGUGCAGUUUGUUUUCUGGAAUUAUAUCUCAAUAAAGCUCUUAGAAAUACA